AUGCACUACACUACCUUUGCCGCAGCUGCCCUGCUGGGAACUGCUUCCGCACUUCCUGGCAAGUUCCAGUUUGAGAAGCGCUCUGUCGCUGACUGCGAUGCCACCUACAAUGCUUGCCGCACCAAGUACUUGGCUAACAUGUCUACUUGCGCCUCCGAGUACGCAUCGUGCCUUGGAUACAACCCUUUCACUGCCGCUGCCAGCCAUACUGUACCUUUCCCGCUUGACUCUUCUCACCUCUAUGGUCCCACCGGCUCUGUGUCCAGCAAGAGUGGUGCUAUUGGAAGUGGCGUCAUUGGAACUGGCCCAGUUGGAACUGGCUCUGUGAGCGCUCCUACCAGUUCUUCGGUCGUCGUCAAGUCUACAGCCACACAGGGAGAUGGAAGCACACUCACCAAGACCCACACGAUUCCUGUUGACGUGACCUCAACCAUCACAUCGUUCGUGCCUUGCUCGACUCCGGUCAUGUCGAACAGCGAGACCACAUUCUUCAGCACCUGGUUGACCGUCACAUAUCUUACAACGACUUACCAGACCAUCACAACCAGCUGCGAGACCAUCCACCCUACGUCGACAGAGUCUGCUUCGGUCCAUGUUUCUGCUACAACCCUGCCCGGUAGCACUAUUAUCGGACAGGCUUCUGGCACUUGUGCUGGACCCGAGACAGUUUACGAGACGAUUGUUUCUUACGUGACCAUCUACGGCGAUUCCAAGACUAAGAGCGCAGGCCCUGCCACAAACACUCCUAUCCAGCCCGGCUCUACCCUCAGCUGGUCUCACACGGGCUCUGCUAGCGGUAUGGCCAAGCCUACUGGUUGGGUCAAGCCUUCUGGCUGGGUCAAGCCCUCUGGUUACGCUAAGCCCUCGGGACACUAA